CAGCAGGUUCUAUGAACUGGCGAACAGCGCUCUGUGGCCACUUUCAGUUUCGCACAGAGCGCGGUGGAGCCAGAGCUAAGCCUGUGAAUUCCCUGCUCAGGAAUCUGACCUAGAGCACUUUGUGGAUGAUGGCGUUGAGAUUCCAAGAGGCUGAGUAACACAUGAAGUCUCACAGCGGGCACCCAGCAGGCAGGAGUCCAAGACCUGAGCUACAGAAACAUCCUAUAAACUAAGGGUCAGAAGACAAGGAACAGACACCCAGGAGACCCCGUAUAUGGGUAUACCAGGCCAUCUAUCAUGAUCCAAGAAGCCAGGGCCAGCUUCUGAUGGACGCCGAGAGCUACCGGCUGGGCAAUGAGAACCUAUGGGCCUGGCUGGUGGAGCUGCUGAGCAAAAAACCAGAAUGGCUGAGUGCCAAGGUCAGGUUCUUCCUCCCUACCAUGGACCUGGACUGCAGCAAUGAGGCCCCCAUCUCUGAGGUCACUCACCAUCAGCUCAACAGGCUGUUUGCCCAAGGCCCGGCCACCUGGGAGUCUUUCAUCUACACUCUGUGCAUCGAGCUUGAAGUGCCUCUAAGCCUGGAGGUACCACUGCUGAGCAUCUGGGGCCAAAAGGAUGAAUUCUCUAAGCAGCUAGGAGCGUGUGAGGAGAGCCAUCCUGGACCUAAGCUUCACCAUGGUGUCAAGCGUCCUUUUCAGAGCUACGGGUCCUCGCCCCGCAGGAAGCACAGCAGGAAGCAGCAGCUCGAGUUGGUCAAGAAGUACCUGAAGCUCCUGAGGACCUCUGCCCAACAGUGCCAUGGCGGCCAAUGCCCAGGAGCAUGGAAUGCUUGUGACUCCCCACAGACCUACAUCCCUCCAAUUGUUCAGUGGAGUGGGACUUCAGCACCCUUGGAUGCUCAAGAGGGAGCCAGGAUAGGAGGAGACCCUGAAGCAGCAGACAGCACCGAUGUGAGCAUCCAUGAUCUCUUCAACUUCAAGGCCCACAAGGGACCUCGAGUGACAGUAGUUCUGGGAAAGGCCGGGAUGGGUAAGACCACCCUGGCACAUCGGCUCCACUGGAGGUGGGCUCACGGUCAGCUGGACCGCUUCCAGGCCGUGUUCCUUUUUGAGUUCCGCCAGCUCAACAUGGUCACACAGUUGCUGACCCUGCCCCAGCUCCUCUUUGAUCUGUACUUGAGCCCAGAGUCAGAGGAUGCUGAUGCCGUUUGGCAGUACCUGGAAGAGAAUGCCCACCAAAUCCUACUGAUCUUUGACGGGUUGGAUGAGGCGCUCCACACUGAUUCCGUGGGUACUGACAAUGCGGGCUCGGCCCUCACCCUCUUUUCUGAGCUCUGCCACGGGGACCUCCUACCAGGCUGCUGGGUGAUGACUACCUCUCGUCCUGGGAAGCUGCCUUCCUGCGUGCCCACAGAGGCAGCCAUGGUGUACAUGUGGGGCUUUGAUGGGCUGCGGGUGGAGAAGUAUGUCACCCACUUCUUCAGUGACCUUCUGUCUCAGGAACUGGCCUUGAAAGAAAUGAGAGCCAAUGAACGUCUCCGGGGUAUGUGUGCAAUACCCGCGUUGUGCAGAGUCGCCUGCUUCUGCCUUCGCUGCAGUCUGCUUUCUGGAAGUUCCCCAGGGCAGUCCUCAGCCCUCCUGCCCACCAUAACCCAGUUGUACCUGCAGAUGGUGGAAACUUUUAGCUCCAGUGGGACUCUGCCAGCCACAUCCUUGUUGGGCCUUGGAGACGUGGCCCUUAGGGGACUGGUCACUGGGAAGGUCAUCUUCUCUGUGGGAGAUAUCCCUCCCCAACUGAUGGCCUUGGGAGCUGUCCACAGCCUCUUGACCUCCUUCUGUAUCCGUAUGCACUCUGGGCAUAAAGAAAUAGGCUAUGCUUUUGUACACCUCAACCUGCAGGAGUUCUUUGCCGCUCUGUAUCUGAUGGUCAGUGACACAGUGGACAAAGACACACUCAUCAACUAUGUCACCCUCAAUUCCCACUGGGUGCUGAGGACCAAAGCUAAACCAGGCCUCUCAGACCAUCUCCCCACCUUCCUGGCAGGCCUGGCCUCCCACGCCUGCCACACAUUCCUCUGUCACCUGGCUCAGCAAGACGAAGCCUGGGUGGGCUCCAGGCAGGCCACUGUCAUCCAGGUGCUAAGGAAGUUGGCCAGCCGAAAGCUCACAGGGCCAAAGAUGGUAGAAUUGUAUCACUAUGUGGCUGAGACCCAGGAUCUGGAGCUGGCGAGGUUCGUUGCUCAAAGCCUUCCUUUCGAUCUCUCCUUCCACAAUUUCCCUCUGACCCGUGCAGACCUGGCUGGCCUGGCCAACAUUUUGGAGCACAGGGAUGGCCCCAUUCACCUGGAUUUUGAUGGCUGCCCACUGGAGCCCCACUGCCCAGAGGCUCUGGUAGGAUGUGGGCAGGUGGAGAAUCUCAGCUUUAAAAGCAGAAAGUGUGGGGAUGCCUUUGCAGAAGCCCUGUGCAGGAGCUUGCCUACUAUGGGGAGCCUGAAGAUGCUGGGGUUAACAGGAAGUAAGAUUACGGCCCAAGGCAUCCGCCACCUGAUACAGGCUUUGCCCCUCUGUUCCCAGCUGGAGGAGGUCAGUUUGCAUGACAACCAGCUCAAGGACCCAGAGGUGCUGAGUCUUGUGGAGUUGAUCCCUUGCCUGCGGAAGCUCCAGAAGCUUGACCUGAGCCGAAACAGCUUCUGCAUGUCAACCCUUCUGUCCUCGGUGAAGGCGGCCAUCACAUGCCCCACUGUCAGGAAGCUGCAGGUCAGGGAAUCGGAACUCAUCUUUUUUCUGUCCCCGGUCCCAGAGACAGCAACACAGCAAUCAGGAGCAUCAGACGCACAGGGCCAAGAUAGCCCGAAGGAAGGACAGAGUCGAAGCCUGCAACUCAGGCUUCAGAAAUGUCAGCUGAGAGUCCAUGAUGCAAAAGCCCUUGUGGAGCUCUUCCAGAAAGGCCCCCGGCUGGAGGAAGUAGAUCUUUCAGGGAACCAUCUGAAGGAUGAAGGCUGUCGCCUGGUGACAAAGGCUGUUUCACAACUUCACAUUGCCCAGAAACUGGACCUCAGCGACAAUGGCCUCUCUCAGACCGGGGUGACCUAUCUGUUGAAGGCCGUGAGCACGUGUGGGACCCUGGAAGAGCUGCACAUCAGCCUGCUAACCAACACCGUGGUACUCACAUUUGCCCAGGAGCUGAGGGAUCAGGAGGGGAGCUUCAAGAGGGGGGCACAACUUACCGGCUUCAUGUCUCCUGUGACCUCUGAGUUGUCCCAGAGAUCUCGAAGGAUAAGGCUGACACACUGUGGCUUCCUGGCCGAGCACACAGAGAAGCUCUGUGAGGCAUUGAGAGUCAGCUGCCAGAGCCACCCCCUGGAUCAUCUCGACCUGUCAGACAACUUUUUGAAGGACAAAGGAGUGAUCCUACUAACCCAGCUCCUCCCAAGACUGGGUCCCCUGAAGUCCUUGAACCUCAGCAGGAAUGGCUUCUCCAUGGAUGCCGUGUUUAGCUUGGUCCUGUGCAUGUCUUCCCUGCAGUGGCUGUUCCACCUAGAAGUCAGCCUUGAGAGUGACUGCAUCUUCCUUCGAGGAGCUGGGACCAGCAGGGAUACACUAGCUGGUGGAACAGAAUUCCCGGCUGGAGCCCAGUUACUGGAGUUAAGUCAGCGGUGUACUUCCAGGAGUUUCUGCCUUCAGGAGUGUCAGCUGGAAUCCCUGAACCUUGCCUACCUCUGUGACGCUCUGGAGAAGUGCCCCGGGCCUCUGGAAGUCCAAUUGUCCUGCAAGUCCCUGAACGAUGACAGCCUGAAGACCCUGCUGCAGCACCUGCCCCAGAUACCUCAGCUCAGCCAGCUGCGGCUGACACACACAGUCCUGUCUUCAAGAAGUCCCUUCCUGCUAGCUGACACCUUCAACCUGUGCCCACGGGUUCAGAAGGUCAAUCUCAGGUCCCUAAGCCAUGCUGUUCUGCACUUUAACUCCAAUGAGGAACAAGAGGCUGUGUGCUGUGGGUUCCCAGGAUGCAGCCUCAAACAGGAGCAUAUGGAAACACUAUGUUGUGCACUGAGCAAGUGCAAAGCCAUCAGCCAGCUUGACCUCACGGACAACCUGCUGGAUGACAGUGGGCUCAGGUGCCUUCUGGGGUACCUGCCACAGCUGCCUAUCUCUGGGUGGCUUGACCUCAGUCACAACAGUAUCUCUCAGGAAGGGGUCCUGUAUCUGCUGGAGACUCUACCUUCCUACCCUCAUAUCCAAGAGGUCUCUGUGAGUCUGGACUCUAAGCAGAUCUUCCGAAUGCACUUCUCCAAAGAGGAAGGAACUGGAAUGAUACUGAGGUUAUGUGAAUGCAGCUUCAGCACAGAACAAGUAUCCAGAUUGACUUCCAGCCUGAGUCAGGCCCAACAGCUGACGGAGCUCUGGCUGACCAAGUGUGGCUUGGACCCGCCACAGCUGACCACGCUCCUGAACCUGGUGAAUCGGCCAGCAGGGUUGCUGGACCUCAGGUUGGAAGAGCCCUGGGUGGGCUAUGCCGGCUUACCAGCUCUAAUGGAAGUCUGUGCCCAGGCCUCAGGAUGUCUCACUGAGUUAAGCAUCUCUGAGAGCCUAGGGAAGCUGUGGCUCCAGCUGGAAUUUCCUCGCCAAGAAGAUCAUUCUGAGGCCAUGGCCCUCAGGUUGGCUCAAUGUGACCUGGGCACCGACUACGGCCUUCUCAUGAGACAGUUGGUGGAGACGUGUGCCAGACUGCAGCAGCUGAGCUUGUCUCAGGUUAGCUUCAGUGACGACGAUGGCACCAGAUCCAGGCUGCUGCAGAACAUCCUGAUAUCAAGCUGUGAGCUGAAGAGCUUCAGGCUGACCUUCAGCCACGUGAGCACAGAGAGCCUUGCCCACCUGGCAUCUGGUCUGGAACACUGCCACCAUCUGGAAGAGCUGGACUUCUCUAACAACAGCCUCUGUAAGGAGGACACAGAGCUACUGAUAGGAGCCCUUCAGAGAACCUGCAGACUGAAGAGGCUGCACCUCAGUCAUUUGCCACUGGAAGCCUCCUCUCUGGCCUUGCUUGUUCAAGAAUUAAGCAACAUGACCCUGCUGCAGGACCUUUGGGGGAACCCGCUUGCCAUCCCGCCAGACUUAACCAGGAGAAGUGUAUGUAGGCUAGGUGAGAUGGGAGAUGGGAGACAGGCUAAUAGUUCUUCAUCUUUGCUUUUCUCCCCAAGUCUGAAGCACAGCCAGAUUGGAGACGUGGGUACUCAGCACUUAGCUGCCAUCUUGCCAAGGCUGCCAGGGCUCAGGAAACUAGACCUCUCAGGGAACAGGAUUGGCCCGGCUGGGGGAGUGCAGCUGGUCAAGUCUCUCACCCAUUUCAAGAACUUGGAGGAGAUCAUACUGGGCAACAACACUCUGGGGGAUCCCACAGCCCUGGAGCUGGCUCAGAGAUUUCCCCCACAACUCAGGGUCCUGUGCCUGACAUCCAGCCAUCUGGGUCCAGAGGGGGCCCUGUGCCUGGCCCAGGCCCUGGAGCAAUGCCCACACAUAGAAGAGGUCAGCUUGGCAGAGAAUAACCUGGCUGGAGGUGUCCCACAUUUCUCCAAGAGGCUCCCACUGCUUAAACAAAUCAACCUGGUGUCCUGCAAGAUUGAAGACCAAGCUGCCAAGCACCUUGCCACCAACCUCAUGCUCUGCCCAGCCCUGGAAAAACUCUUGCUGUCCUGGAAUCACCUUGGUGAUGAGAUGGCUUCUGAGUUGGCCCAGGUCCUGCCACAGAUGGGGCAGCUGAAGACAGUGGACUUGGAGAAGAACCAGAUCACAGCAUGUGGAGCCCAACUCCUGGCUCAAGGGCUGGUCCAGGGAUCCUGUGUCCCAGUCAUCCGCCUCUGGAAAAACCCUAUCCCUGACUGUGUGGCCCAGAGUCUGCAGAGCCAGGAACCCAGGCUGGACUUCUCCUUCUUUGAGCAGCAGCCCCAGACUCUUUGAGGAACCUGAUGGACCUCUCAAGACAACCACGUCACCCACCAGGAGAGGGGGCUCAGAAGAACAUCGAUUGGGACAGCAUCCUAUGAAUGCCCCAGGAGGAAAGAG